ACAGGGUCCGUUCCAAUAUUCCUUCUACGCGUAAAUGAGUCAUUGACUGUUCGACCAUGGCGACUCCUGCAUAACCAAUCAGAAACCGGCACACGCCAAAAACAACAAAUAACUAAAACUAAACCCCCCUCCAAACCUUCCCCAAAUUUAUAUCCCCUGUUCAGACAGACGACCCCCAAAUUCUCUGCUAAAUUUAUCUUCCAUGGAAGCUUCUGUGGAGUACAAGAGGGUGGUGAUUGUGGGAGGAGGAGUUGCAGGAGCGUUGCUGGCUCGAUCGGUCGAAUUCCAUGCCGAUGUUUUCCUCAUUGAUCCGAAAGAAUAUUAUGAAAUUCCAUGGGCUAAUCUUCGAGCAAAGGUGGAGCCUGAUUUUGCAAAGAGGUCAUUGAUUAAUCACAAGGAUUAUCUUAGGAAUACGAGAUUAGUUACGGCGAGCGGAGUUAAGGUAACAGAGAAAGAGGUUUUAACUUCGGAUGGGAGAUGGAUAUUAUAUGAUUAUUUGGUCAUUGCGACCGGACAUCCCUACUCUAUACCGCUUACUAGGCUGGAGAGGCUCCAACAAUUUCAAGCAGAGUACCAAAAACUACAGUCAGCAGAUUCAGUCUUGAUCCUCGGAGGUGGUCCAACUGGAGUGGAACUUGCUGGAGAGAUUGUUGUCGAUUUCCCAGGAAAACAGGUGACAAUUGUGCACAGAGGCUCAAGGUUACUAGACUUCAUUGGGCAAAAGGCCUCUACAAAGGUUCUCGAUUGGCUCAAGGCCAAGCAUGUGAAUGUGCUCCUAAACCAAGAGGUUAAGCUCGACGAACUAUCAGAAGGCCAAAAGACAUAUGAAACAUCAAAUGGGACUAAGGUCUCUGCUGAUUGCUGUUUUAUUUGCACUGGGUUGCCUCUCAGCACAGAGUGGCUCAGGGAGGGGGUAUUGAGUGAGUGCUUGGAUCGACAUGGUCGCCUCAUGGUCAAUGAGCAUCUCCUAGUUAGAGGGAAAAGCAAUGUCUUUGCGAUUGGUGAUAUCACCAACGUUCCGGAAAUCAAGCAAGGGUUUUAUGCACAAAAGCAUGCGGCAGUGGUAGCAAAGAACUUGAAGGCACUUAUCAAGGGAGGGAAGAAGCUGACAGAUUAUUGUCCUGGGACUACAAUGGCCAUGGUGUCGUUGGGUAGGAGAGAAGCUGUGGCCCAGUUCCCAUUCACCACUCUCAUUGGUCGAUUCCCAGGAAUGAUUAAAUCCAAGGACUUGUUUGUUGGCAAGACUCGCAAAGAGAUGGGUCUCGAGGAUGGCGACUAAGUCAUCGUCAUCAUCAUCAUAAUAUCUUUUUCCCAGUUAAAGACCAAUAUUUAUCUCUCACGCACAUUUUAAUGUGGCAUAUUGUUUGGCAUAUUGUUUUAUGCUUAUGGAAGUAUUUAUUGGAGAUGGGGUUAUAGAUUUGUUGUAUAUUCAGCUUGUUAUUAUUGUGUCAUUUGUGGGGCCGGGUUUGUAAUUCUUUUUGGGUGUUCCCCUAAGAAUUUAUUUUCGAGUUUGUAGAAUGUUUGGGCACAUUUACCCAUAUGGAUUUUGCUAAGAUUAUGCACCAUUGUUUUUCCCUUC